AAAGUGUGGUAAUGUGAAUUCCCCCGAUAGCAACGAGGAUGCUUAACCAAACUCAACCGACUUUUGACGUUUCUUUCUUCUCCUUCUUCACUAUCUUUAUUUUCUUUAUUUUAAUUCUUUCUAUUUCCUGUCCACGACCAAAGUCGACAAACAAAAACACGGAACCUUGUUAUUAUUAUUUGCUUCUGUUCGGUCUCUCAGCUAAGCAAAACCUCUCAUAUCACAUUCUUCAACAACUCUCAUGGCUCCUUCUUUCAGUUUCAACCAUAAUCACGGACACAAUUUUCUUUCUCUGUCACUGCUCAUGCUGGCUUUGACGACUUUAGCUUCACACAGUUCCCACGCGCUUCAUUCCUUCGGCUUCGACAUACACCACCGCUUUUCGGAUCCGGUUAAGGAGGUUCUCGGCGCAGGUGACUUACCCGUCAAGGGAACUCGCCAGUACUAUGUUGUCAUGGCCCACAGAGACCGAAUGUUCCGGGGCCGGCGUCUCGCCGGCGGUCACCACACUCCUCUUACUUUUGUCCCCAGCAACGAGACUUAUCAGAUUGGAACAUUCGGAUUCUUGCAUUUUGCCAAUGUUUCUGUUGGGACUCCACCUUUAUCGUUUCUGGUGGCAUUGGAUACUGGUAGUGACUUGUUCUGGUUACCUUGCAAUUGUACCAAAUGUGUGCGUGCUAUAGGUAUAUCAAACCAGAGAAUUGAUUUUAGUAUCUAUGAUCUUAAAGGAUCAUCCACAAGUGAAAAGGUUUUGUGCAACAGCAGCUUAUGUGAGCUACAGAAACAAUGCUCUUCAUCUGGUAGCGUUUGUCCUUAUGAAGUAAACUAUCUAUCAAAUGGCACUUCAACUUCUGGGUUCCUAGUGGACGAUGUGCUGCACUUAAUUACAGACGAUGAUCAAGCAAAAGAUGCUGAUACACGAGUUACUUUUGGUUGUGGCCAAGUUCAGACUGGUGCUUUUUUGGAUGGGGCAGCCCCAAAUGGUCUCCUUGGACUAGGAAUGGGUGAUGUAUCUGUGCCAAGUAUCUUAGCCAAAGAAGGGCUCACUUCAAAUUCUUUUUCAAUGUGUUUUGGACCUGAUGGUCUUGGAAGAAUCACAUUUGGGGAUAAUAGUAGCUUGGUUCAGGGAAAAACACCAUUCAACCUAAGGGCAUCGCAUCCUACUUACAACAUCACUGUAUCCCAAAUUAAUUUGGGUGGAAAUGUUGCUGAUAUUGAGUUUCAUGCCAUAUUUGACUCUGGGACCUCGUUCACAUACCUAAAUGACCCAGCUUAUACGCAGAUUACUAACAGUUUUAAUUCAGUAGUUAAACUACAACGGCAUUCAUCUUCUAGUAGUUCUGAUGAGCUCCCCUUCGAGUACUGCUAUGACUUAAGUUCAAACCAGGUUGUUGAAGUUCCCAUCAAUUUUACCAUGAAAGGAGGAGAUACUUUUACUGUCACAGAUCCUAUAGUAACUGUCACAGGGGAGGGUAUUAGCUUACUAUGUUUGGGUGUGGUGAAAAGCAACAACGUCAAUAUCAUUGGACAGAACUUCAUGACUGGUUACCAUAUAGUGUUUGAUCGCGACAACAUGAUUCUUGGUUGGAAAGAAUCUAAUUGUUAUGAUGAUGAACUCUCUACUUUACCUGUUAACCGAUCACAUUCCUCUGCUAUUCCUCCUGCCAUAGCUGUGAAUCCUCAAGCAACAUCAAAUCAGCCUAAUGAGCUUUCACCUAAUCUCUCAUUUAAGAUAAAACCCACUUCUGUCUUAAUGGUGGCCCUUUUUUUGCUUUUGGCCAUAUUUUGAGCAUACCUUAGGUUAUUUAGUGUCAUAUCACUAAUAUUAGUAUUUUUUUUAGCAACGCUAGAGUUAUAUUAUUUCUAUGCAUUUUUGGAUUAUUAGUAGCAUUGAUUUGAUAAUGAGUCUGUAAAUAAUGUAUAAACAUCUCAGUAUAGUUAUGAAGAAAAUACAUAUUUCCAUUCUUA